AUGACUUUCGUGAUGAGCCGGUGGAACACAAAAACCAUCAUCAAGCUCGCAGCUGCCGCUUGUUGCAGCUACUUUAUCUUCGGUGUGCUGUUAGCCGAUCGAGAGGCGUACUACUCGACGACUCGGAGUGUGAUUCGCGCGGGACAGCAUCAUCUUACGGAGGAGACGACGUUUGAUCAUAUCAACAAUGAGACCCUUGGGUUUGAACACAUCUAUGCCAUUGGCAUGAAAGAGCGUACUGAUAAACGUGACUACCUUACUUUGGCUGCUUCUUUCCUCGGGAUCCAGGUCGAUUGGAGAGAUGGAGUCUACCCGGACAGCGUAGCUGAGAAGUCUUACCCAUUGAAACUGAGUGAGUCGGGUGUGAAGCCCGCCGCCAUAGGCUGUUGGCGCGCUCAUAUGAAUACCCUGAUCGAUAUCGUCGAAAACCGCUACACCACGGCACUUAUCCUAGAAGACGACGCCGACUGGGAUGUGUCCCUCCGUCAGCAGCUCGCCGAGUUCGCCCGAGGCGUACGCACCCUAACUAACAACCAGCACGAGUCCAAGAAAGCCCCAUACGGCACGAACUGGGACAUUCUCUGGGUUGGGGGCUGCGCAUCGGGUGCACACCAGAACGAGACCAAUUUCUACGUUAUUCCCAAUGAUCCCACGGUCCCGAACACCACCAUUCGGGGCCCUUGGGAGUCUCCAGCGGGACCCUCUAUCAAAUGGAGACAGGAGCAUCCCGAGUGGCCGGUAGACUCCACACGUUACAUCUAUCGGGCCAACAUGGGCUGCUGCACGUUCGGAUAUGCGGUGACCUUGGAGGGUGCCAGAAGGAUUCUGGCCGAGCUUUCGAUCAAUUAUCUGAACCUGCCCGUGGACAACGCUAUGAGUGAUUUGUGUGCGGGCAGUAAUCGCCCCCAGUUGCGCUGCUAUGCGCCUUUCCCUAAUUUGAUCGGCACGUUCAGAUCGGAAGGUUAUGUCUCACGAGAUUCCGAUAUUGAUCAGUGGGAAGACAGGAAAUUCGAGUGGCACCAGGCACUAGCUUAUAAUAUGGUCUACAGCACCAGACUGAAUAUCCACCGACUGGUCGCAGGCGAGGAGACGGUGUAUUCCCAGUGGAAAGAGUCGCCUGACCCGUGGUCGAAGGCUGAGGUGAAGCUGGGGGAGCUGGAGUAUCCAAGAGGAGUGUUUGUUUCUUGA